UAACUAAGUACAAGUUUGUGUAACUGUAUUUAAAAAAAUACUAUAAACAUUUAAACGAUAUUAAUUAAUCGUUACAAUCCCUAUAAAUUCAUUGGCGUGGCCUGACUAACUUAUCUUCAACUUUCGUUUUUAGUGCCGGAGUCAUCCUGCUUCCUGUCUCUCCUCUUUGCCACAAACCGACAGAUUGUACACAAUCAUCAUGGCGACGCAGGAUGGAGGUGAAGGAGCCAUAAUGGACACUGAGCCAAUUCCAAAAGGAGCUGAGGCACUCGGUGACAAUGCCGAGAAGGCUGAGGCAGAAGCUACGUCUCACACAGAUGCAGGAAAUGCAACAACUCAGGACUCAAGUAUUAGCAACGGCGAGGACGCAGAUGACGAGCAGGAGAAGGUGGACCUGAAGAUCAUCUGGAACAAGAACAAAUACGAUCUGAAGAUUGCCGUCGAUAGCACCGGAGCCAAGCUGAAAGAGAGGAUCCAUGCACUCACUGGUCUUCCACCAGCAAUGCAGAAAGUGAUGUACAAAGGACUGCUUCCAGAGGACAAGACGCUACGUGACAUAAAGGUUACGAACGGGGCAAAGAUAAUGGUGGUAGGAUCUACAAUAAAUGAUGUAUUAGCUGUUAACACACCAAAAGAGGUCAUUCAGCAGGAAGUCAAAGCCGAGGAAAACAAGAAAGAGCCUUUAUGCAGGCAAAAGCAACACAGGAAAGUACUGGACAAAGGUAAACCAGAGGAUAUAAUGCCAGCUAUCAAAGGAGCAAAGGAACGACUACCAACAGUGCCUUUAUCCGGAAUGUAUAACAAAUCUGGAGGAAAAGUAAGACUCACGUUCAAACUGGAGCAAGAUCAGUUGUGGAUUGGAACAAAAGAGAGAACAGAGAAAGUUCCAAUGGGCUCCAUUAAAAACGUAUUGUCCGAACCCAUCGAAGGCCACGAGGACUACCACAUGAUGGCUUUUCAGUUGGGUCCAACGGAAGCUUCUCAGUAUUGGGUCUACUGGGUGCCUGCACAGUUUGUUGAUGCAAUCAAAGACACAGUCCUUGGAAAAUGGCAGUAUUUCUAAUGUGCCUCUUUUUUUGUUUUUUGACUGAUGAACUGGGAAGGGCGAGGAGGAGCCAACGGAAAAUCAAACUGGAGACUAAAGUGAGGCUUGAGGAACUGUUGGGAAGCUAUUUUGAAGGAAACUGACAGAUGCCUGUGGACUAACCAUUUUGUUUUUAGGUUAAAAGUGCACUAUCCGGCAGCAUAAAAUUUCUCAGCUCUGUUGAUCAACGUUUUCAGCAAAUCCAAGGGAAAAUUAAUUAAAAAAAAAAAAUUGUACAGAAAUUGCUAACACUUUUUCUUCAGUUAUUCUUAAAAAGAAAUAAAGUUUAUUUAAUGAAAUAAAAUCACCAUGAGUUAUUUGA